AUGUCGGCGAAGCCUACGAGCAAGACCUUCGGAAAGUCGACCCGAGACGUGGUCGCAGCAGAGGAUAAGGCCAAGAAGUGGUAUCCCGCUGACGAUGAUGCCGAGAGCAAGAAGUCUGCUAACAGUGGAAAAUCACAGGUUCGCAAGGCUGUCCGAUCUUGGACUCCUCGCAAGUCCCUUCAACCCGGUACUGUCCUCAUCCUCCUCGCUGGCCGCUUCCGUGGCAAGCGUGUCAUCCUCCUGAAGUCCCUCGACCAGGGUGUCCUCCUCGUCACCGGCCCCUUCAAGAUCAACGGUGUCCCUCUCCGACGAGUCAACUCCCGAUACGUCAUCGCCACCUCUUACAAGGUCGACAUCUCCGGCCUCGACGAGAAGAAGAUUGAGGAGAUCUCUCAGCCCAAGUACUUCACCGCCGAGAAGGCCAAGGAGAAGGCUGGUGAGGAGGCUUUCUUCAAGCAGGGAGAGAAGCCCCAGAAGAAGGAGGUCAACAGCAGCCGCGCCGCCGACCAGAAGGCUAUCGACAAGGCUCUGAUUGCCAACAUCAAGAAGGUUGAUAUGCUGGCUUCUUACCUCUCUUCCUCUUUCAGCUUGAGGAAGGGUGACAAGCCCCACGAGAUGGCCUGGUAA